AUGGCACUAAAAGCAGAAAUCAAUGACACUACAGCUGCUACUGGCACUACCAUCUUGAGGGCAUCUAAAGUUGUCAUUCGCGUCGGAUCUACCUACAAUGACCGCGGAGGCUCAGAGCAUGUGACGUCCAAGAUCGUGGUUCACGAGAGCUAUACCUUCCCUUUUAACGACGUGGCAGUGUUGGUGCUGUCGGACAGUAAAAGCAACUACCGGAGCAGCUCGGUGCAGCCAGCCGCCAUCCCCCCGGGGGGGUAUGUGGUCCCGGACAACGCGUCAGUGGUAGCUGUCGGGUGGGGACGAACUGAUGAGAACUGCAGCAAGUCAACCCCCCUCGGCCUGCGGCACGUGGGGCUGCGCAAGGUGGACCGAGACACCUGCGCCGCGCGUUAUUCGAUCUUCUUCUCAUACAACAACGUCAACAACAUGCUCUGCACGGGGCUGCUUGGUGUUGGAGGUAAGCUCGUAUAUCCGACUCGUCGAUAGGCUGGACCGACUUUAUGCAGACACUUGACGACUUUGACGAUUAUUAUCGAGUGCGUUUGCGAGUUGUGAGAAAGUUUGUGUCCGUCCACACACGUUGGGUAUUUUCCAGACUCGUCAAGUCGUCAUACAUAUCUCGGCUUACAAUAAGAGUUUGUCCCCUACAGGAGCUGGUACUUGCCUGGGUGACUCAGGUGGUCCCUUGGUGUACAACGGGGUGGUGGUUGGGGUGACCUCAUUUGCGAUUGCAUGCGGCGAUUCCUUCUACCCUCAUGUGUCUACGCGCGUCUCUAGCUACACCGACUGGAUCAACAGCACU